CUCGUUCGCAAGGUUCUGGGUGUGGCUCCAACGCUACGCUCGCAACCCCAAUGACGUCGCUGCAACCCACUGUCGACGAAGCGCACCGCUUCAUCCCCGAGUACCGCGGCGAGUGCCCGCAGGCGGGGCGGUAUUUCGACUCGCAGGCCGCCAUCUCGAACGGCAUACACGCUCUCUGGGACCGGCUCUUUGGCAAAGAGGCGGUCGCGGCGCUGGACGACCACCCACGCGAGGCGGCCUACUUUGCGACCUGCUCGCUCGCGAUGGUGGUCGCGCUCUACGCCUCGCGCUCGGUCCUAAACGCGGUGUGGCCCGACUUUGCGAAAAUCACGCCGCGCCACAAGCAGAUGUACGUUCUGAUGAACCUGAUGAAGUCGCUGCUGCUCGGCGCUCAGGCAACCUCCUUCUCGUGGCUCUGGUACUCGUCCAAGGAGUACGGCUGCACGCUCAACCCGCUCGGCUUCAACUUGAGCUGCAACUGGAGCGUCGACGCCGGCCACCACGCAUACCUCAAGCAGAUCUCGCUGCUGUACGCCGCGGUCGACAUCGUCGCGCUGGCUGUCGUGCACAAGCUGCCGCUCACGACCAAGAUCCACCACUGGGCGGUCACGGCGUGGCUGCUCUGGGUGAUGACCAUCGACUUUGGCGAGUCGCCCAUCGCGCAGAAGCUCAUGUUUUACGGCUUUUGGUCCACGCUCGCCUUCCCCGUCAACGGCUUCCUCGGCCUGCGCGUCACAUCGCCCGGCUCGUGGUGGAUGCGACCCCUCUCCCGCGGCUGCUUCGUCCUCUACGCGGGCUGCUGCUUUUGCAACUGGUCCCUCCACCUCGCCUGGGGCGCAGACAACGCCGCCCGCGGCGUCCUCCGCUGGCAGGAGGUCCUCUACCUCGUCUCGCUCUCGCUGCUGGUGCGCGACGACCUCAUCCUGAUGAAGUGGCUCAAGAACUUCAAGCCCGCCACGCCCGAGGAGCUCAAGAAGCUGGCCGCCCGCCAGGCGCAGGAGGCGGCCAAGGGGGCGGGCGGGCAGGCAGGGCGCGGCGAAGCCUUCCCCGUCUCGGAGGGCGCGAAGAAGAAGUAGGGGCCGUCCGCCUCCCUCGCCCGCACGGUCGCCCUGCUCCGAGGGAGCACGAGGGGCGGCGAGGCGGGAGAGGCGGGCGAUGAAGUAGGGUCGACCGCGCCGCUGAUUGCAGGCGCGGACUAUUCCAGCGGUGUGUGACGAGGCUGCUCGGGCGGCGCUUUGGCGCUGCGCCCACCGCGUCCCACGGUCGCCAACCCGGGGGUACUUACUGGAUUAUGCGUCCACCGGUGUAUCAUUAUCUCUCGUUUCUAUCGUGCACGGCCUCGCUAUACCU